AUGGUCCGUUUCGGGGACGAGCUGGGCGGCCGCUAUGGGGGCGCCGGCGGCGGGGCGGGCGGCCCGGGCCCUGGGGGCCUGCAGCCGGGCCAGCGGGUCCUGUACAAGCAGUCGAUGGCCCAGCGCGCGCGGACCAUGGCGCUGUACAACCCCAUCCCCGUCAAGCAGAGCUGCUUCACCGUCAACCGCUCGCUCUUCGUUUUCAGCGAGGACAACGUCGUCCGCAAAUACGCCAAGCGCAUCACCGAGUGGCCUCCGUUUGAGUACAUGAUUCUGGCCACCAUCAUCGCCAACUGUAUCGUGCUGGCACUGGAGCAGCACCUACCCGACGGAGACAAGACGCCCAUGUCUGAGCGGCUGGACGACACGGAGCCGUACUUUAUCGGCAUCUUCUGCCUCGAGGCCGGGAUGAAGAUCGUUGCACUGGGCUUCGUCCUGCACAAGGGCUCCUACCUGCGGAAUGGCUGGAACGUCAUGGACUUCGUGGUGGUCCUCACGGGGAUCCUCGCCACAGCUGGCACUGACUUUGACCUGCGAACCCUGCGGGCUGUGCGUGUGCUGAGGCCCCUGAAGCUGGUGUCUGGGAUUCCAAGUCUGCAGGUGGUGCUCAAGUCCAUCAUGAAGGCCAUGGUCCCGCUGCUGCAGAUCGGGCUGCUUCUCUUCUUCGCCAUCCUCAUGUUCGCCAUCAUUGGCCUCGAGUUCUACAUGGGCAGGUUCCACAAGGCCUGUUUCCCCAACAGUACAGACGCAGAGCCGGUGGGCGACUUCCCCUGCGGCAAGGAGGCCCCAGCCCGGCUGUGCGAGGGUGACACCGAGUGCCGGGAGUACUGGCCGGGACCCAACUUCGGCAUCACCAACUUCGACAACAUCCUGUUCGCCGUCCUGACGGUGUUCCAGUGCAUCACUAUGGAGGGCUGGACCGACAUCCUGUACAACACCAACGAUGCGGCCGGGAGCACCUGGAACUGGCUGUACUUCCUGCCCCUCAUCGUCGUCGGCUCCUUCUUCAUGCUCAACCUGGUGCUGGGCGUGCUCUCGGGGGAGUUUGCCAAGGAGCGCGAGCGGGUGGAGAACCGCCGGGCCUUCCUGAAGCUCCGCCGGCAGCAGCAGAUCGAGCGGGAGCUCAACGGGUACCUGGAGUGGAUCUUCAAGGCCGAGGAAGUCAUGCUGGCCGAGGAGGACAAGAACGCAGAGGAGAAGUCCCCUCUGGAUGUGUUGAAGAGAGCAGCCACCAAGAAGAGCCGAAAUGACCUGAUCCACGCAGAGGAGGGGGAGGACCGUUUUGCAGACCUCUGUGCUGUGGGGUCCCCCUUCGCCCGAGCCAGCCUCAAGAGCGGGAAGACGGAGAGCUCGUCGUACUUCCGCAGGAAGGAGAAGAUGUUCCGGUUCUUCAUCCGGCGUCUGGUGAAAGCGCAGAGCUUCUACUGGGUGGUGCUGUGCGUGGUGGCCCUGAACACGCUGUGCGUGGCCAUGGUGCACUACAACCAGCCCCAGCGGCUCACCACGGCGCUGUACUUUGCAGAGUUUGUUUUCCUGGGUCUCUUCCUCACAGAGAUGUCCCUGAAGAUGUACGGCCUGGGGCCCAGGGGCUACUUCCGGUCCUCCUUCAACUGCUUUGAUUUUGGGGUCAUCGUGGGGAGCAUCUUCGAAGUGGUCUGGGCGGCCAUCAAGCCCGGAACGUCCUUUGGGAUCAGUGUGCUGCGGGCACUCCGGCUGCUGAGAAUCUUCAAAGUCACGAAGUACUGGAGCUCCCUGCGGAACCUGGUGGUGUCGCUGCUCAACUCCAUGAAGUCCAUCAUCAGCCUGCUCUUCCUGCUCUUCCUCUUUAUCGUGGUCUUCGCCCUGCUGGGCAUGCAGCUCUUCGGGGGGCAGUUCAACUUUCAGGACGAGACUCCGACGACCAACUUCGACACCUUCCCCGCCGCCAUCCUCACGGUCUUCCAGAUCCUGACUGGGGAGGACUGGAACGCGGUGAUGUACCAUGGGAUCGAAUCGCAAGGUGGAGUCAGCAAAGGCAUGUUCUCCUCGGUUUACUUCAUUGUCCUGACGCUGUUUGGAAACUGUAUCCUGCUGAACGUCUUCUUGGCCAUCGCCGUGGACAACCUUGCCAACGCGCAGGAACUGACCAAGGACGAAGAGGAGAUGGAAGAAGCAGCCAACCAGAAGCUUGCUCUGCAAAAGGCCAAAGAAGUGGCUGAAGUCAGCCCCAUGUCUGCCGCCAACAUCUCCAUCGCCGCCAGGCAUCAGAACUCGGCCAAGGCGCGCUCGGUGUGGGAGCAGCGGGCCAGCCAACUGCGGCUGCAGAACCUACGGGCCAGCUGCGAGGCGCUGUACAGCGAGAUGGACGCCGAGGAGCGGCUGCGCUUCGCCACCUCCCGCCACCUGCGGCCCGACAUGAAGACGCACCUGGACCGGCCGCUUGUGGUGGAGCCGGGCCGGGACGGCGCGCGGGGGCCCGCGGGGGGCAAGGCCCGGCUUGGACGGCGCACGGAGGCGAGCGCGGUGAAGAGGGGCCGCCGGCGCCGCAGCCGCAGCCGCAGCCGCAGCCGCAGCAAGGAGGCCGCGGGCCCCCGGGCGGCCCGGAGCGAGCGUGGCCGCGGCCCGGGACCCGACGGCGGCCGGCGCCACCACCGGCGCGGCUCCCCGGAGGAGGCGGCAGAGCGGGAGCCCCGGCGCCACCGCGCGCACCGGCACGUGCCCGAGCCGGGCAGGGAGGGCGCGGCGCCCGGGGCUAAGGGCGAGCGGCGAGCGCGGCACCGCGGCGGCCCCCGGGAGGCGGAGAGCGGAGAGGAGCCGGCGCGGAGGCACCGCACGCGGCACAAGGCGCCCCGCGGCAUGGAGUCUCACUGUGACCUGGAAGCCAGUGGGGUAAUGGGUGUGGGCCCUGUGCAUGCCCUGCCCAGCACCUGUCUAGAGAAGGUGGAAGAACAGCCCGAGGAUGCAGAUAAUCAGCGGAACGUUACUCGAAUGGGCAGUCAACCCUCGGAUCUGAGCACCACUGUGCACAUCCCAGUGACGCUGACUGGCCUUCCUGGGGAGACCACGGUCGUUUCCAGUGGUAACGUGGACCUGGAAAGCCAAGCAGAAGGGAAGAAGGAGGUGGAAGCUGAUGACGUGAUGAGGGGCGGCCCCCGACCCAUCGUCCCUUACAGCUCCAUGUUCUGCUUAAGCCCCACCAACCUGCUCCGCCGCUUCUGCCAUUGCAUCGUGACCAUGCAGUACUUUGAGAUGGGCAUCCUCGUGGUCAUUGCCCUGAGCAGCAUCGCCCUGGCUGCUGAGGACCCUGUGCAGACAGACUCUCCCAGAAACAAUGUGCUGAAGUACAUGGACUACAUCUUCACAGGCGUCUUCACCUUUGAGAUGGUGAUAAAGAUGAUCGAUUUGGGACUGCUGCUGCACCCUGGUGCCUACUUCCGGGACCUCUGGAAUAUUCUGGACUUCGUUGUGGUCAGUGGGGCCCUGGUGGCGUUUGCCUUCUCAGGCUCCAAAGGGAAAGACAUCAACACCAUCAAGUCCCUGAGGGUCCUGCGUGUGCUGCGGCCGCUGAAGACCAUCAAGCGGCUGCCCAAGCUCAAGGCUGUGUUUGACUGUGUGGUGAACUCCCUGAAGAACGUCCUCAACAUCCUGAUCGUCUACAUGCUGUUCAUGUUCAUAUUUGCCGUCAUCGCGGUGCAGCUCUUCAAGGGGAAGUUCUUCUACUGCACCGACGAGUCCAAGGAGCUGGAGCGGGACUGCAGGGGCCAGUACUUGGAUUAUGAGAAGGAGGAGGUGGAGGCUCAGCCGCGGCAGUGGAAGAAAUACGACUUCCACUACGACAACGUGCUCUGGGCCUUGCUGACGCUGUUCACAGUGUCCACGGGGGAAGGGUGGCCCAUGGUGCUGAAACACUCGGUGGACGCCACCUACGAGGAGCAGGGCCCGAGCCCUGGGUACCGCAUGGAGCUGUCCAUCUUCUACGUGGUUUACUUCGUGGUCUUCCCCUUCUUUUUCGUCAACAUCUUUGUGGCCUUGAUCAUCAUCACCUUCCAGGAGCAGGGGGACAAGGUCAUGUCUGAAUGCAGCCUGGAGAAGAAUGAGAGGGCUUGCAUUGACUUCGCCAUCAGCGCCAGACCCCUGACGCGGUACAUGCCCCAGAACAAGCAGUCGUUCCAGUACAAGACGUGGACGUUCGUGGUCUCGCCGCCCUUCGAGUAUUUCAUCAUGGCUAUGAUAGCCCUGAACACUGUGGUGCUGAUGAUGAAGUUCUAUGACGCGCCCUACGAGUACGAGCUGAUGUUGAAGUGUCUGAACAUCGUGUUCACGUCCAUGUUCUCCAUGGAGUGCGUGCUCAAGAUCAUCGCCUUCGGGGUGCUGAACUAUUUCAGAGACGCCUGGAAUGUCUUUGACUUUGUCACUGUGUUGGGAAGUAUUACUGAUAUUUUAGUAACAGAGAUCGCGGAAACGGACAACUUCAUCAACCUCAGCUUCCUCCGCCUCUUCCGCGCUGCCCGGCUCAUCAAGCUGCUCCGCCAAGGCUACACCAUCCGCAUCCUGCUCUGGACCUUCGUCCAGUCCUUCAAGGCGCUGCCCUACGUGUGCUUGCUCAUCGCCAUGCUGUUCUUCAUCUACGCCAUCGUCGGCAUGCAGGUGUUUGGAAACAUCGCCCUGGACGACGACACCAGCAUCAACCGGCACAACAACUUUCGGACGUUUCUGCAAGCCUUGAUGCUGCUGUUCAGGAGUGCCACUGGGGAGGCCUGGCACGAGAUCAUGCUGUCCUGCCUCGGCAGCCGGGCCUGCGACGCGCUCGCCAAUGCCGCCGAGUGUGGGAGUGACUUCGCCUACUUCUAUUUUGUGUCCUUCAUCUUCCUCUGCUCCUUCCUGAUGCUGAACCUCUUUGUGGCGGUGAUCAUGGACAAUUUUGAGUACCUUACGCGGGACUCUUCCAUCCUAGGGCCUCACCACCUGGACGAGUUCAUCCGGGUCUGGGCUGAGUACGACCCGGCUGCGUGUGGGCGCAUCAGUUACAAUGAUAUGUUUGAGAUGCUGAAACACAUGUCCCCGCCCCUGGGGCUGGGGAAGAAAUGCCCUGCUCGAGUUGCAUACAAGCGCCUGGUUCGUAUGAACAUGCCCAUCUCCAACGAGGACAUGACCGUCCACUUCACGUCCACGCUGAUGGCCCUCAUCCGGACCGCACUGGAGAUCAAGCUGGCUCCAGCUGGCACAAAGCAGCAUCAGUGUGACGCAGAGUUGAGGAAGGAGAUUUCCUCUGUGUGGGCCAAUCUGCCCCAGAAGACCCUGGAUUUACUGGUGCCACCCCAUAAACCCGAUGAGAUGACAGUGGGGAAAGUGUACGCAGCUCUGAUGAUAUUCGACUUCUACAAACAGAACAAAACCACCAGAGACCAGAUUCACCAAGCUCCCGGAGGCCUGUCCCAGAUGGGCCCCGUGUCCCUGUUCCACCCUCUGAAGGCCACGCUGGAGCAGACGCAGCCGGCCGUGCUCCGCGGAGCCCGGGUUUUCCUUCGGCAGAAGAGCUCGGCCUCCCUCAGCAAUGGCGGGGCAGUACAUACCCAAGAGGGUGGCAUCAAGGAGUCGGUCUCCUGGGCCACUCAGAGGACCCAGGAGGUGCCCUGCGAGGUGACGAUGCCCCUGGAACGUGGCCACUCCACGGAGAUCCCGGUGGUGCAGACAGGAAAACCGGCUGUGGAUGUCCAGAUGCAGAGCGUGGCCGUGAGAGGCACUGACGGGGAGCCCCAACCCGGGCUGGAGAGCCAGGGCCGAGCGGCCUCCAUGCCCCGCCUGGCAGCGGAGACUCAGCCGGCCCCAGACGCCAGCCCCAUGAAGCGCUCCAUCUCCACUCUGGCGCCCCAGCGCCCCCCCGUGGCCCGUCUCUGCAACGCCGCCCUGGACCGCGCUCCGGCCAGCCAGGCCGCCCCCCACCAUCACCACCGCUGCCAUCGCCGCAGGGACAGGAAGCCGAGGUCCCUGGAGAAGGGGCCCAGCCUGUCCGCAGACACAGAUGGCGCACCCAACAGCGCCGCGGGGCCAGGGCCGCCCCCGGGGGACAGGCCAGCAGGCUGCCGGCGGGAGCGCAGGCAGGAGCGGGGCCGGUCCCAGGAGCGAAGGCAGCCCUCCGCCUCCUCCGAGAAGCAACGCUUCUACUCCUGCGACCGCUUUGGGGGCCGUGAGCCGCCACAGCCCCAGCCCCCCCUCAGCAGUCACCCCGCGUCGCCAACCGCUGGGCAGGAGCCAGGACCCCCGAGACAGGGCAGUGCUUCAGCGAACGGGAGCCCCCUGCUGCCAACAUCUGGUGCUAGCACCCCUGGCCGCGGCGGGCGGAGGCAGCUGCCCCAGACCCCGCUGACGCCCCGUCCCAGCAUCGCCUAUAAGACGGCCAACUCCUCGCCCGUCCACUUCGCUGGGGCUCAGACCAGCCUCCCUGCCUUCUCCCCCGGCCGGCUUAGCCGUGGCCUUUCAGAACACAACGCCCUGCUCCAGAGAGACCCCCUCAGCCAGCCCCUGGCCCCCAGCUCACGGAUCGGCUCCGACCCGUACCUGGGGCGGCGUCUGGACAGCGAGGCUGCUGCCCGCACCCAGCCUGAGGACACGCUCACCUUCGAGGAGGCCGUGGCCACCAACUCGGGCCGCUCGUCCCGGACUUCCUACGUGUCCUCCCUGACCUCCCAGUCGCACCCCCUCCGCCGGGUGCCCAACGGCUACCACUGCACUCUGGGGCUCAGCUCUGGCGGGGGCGGCCGGGGGCGGCGCAGCUACCACCACCCCGACCAAGACCACUGGUGCUAG